CUGACAAAGUCAACGAUGACUUCUACACCAAACGCCGACACCUUGCAGAACUGGCUGCCAAGGGAAGCCUGCCGCUCCAUCCUGUGCGCCUGGACGACGAGAGGGCUUACACGAUCGACAGCGGCCUCACUAAACAGAACGGGCAAAAAUCCAGGCUCGCCAAGAUCCACACACACCCACUGGGCUACAACUCCCACUACAAGACCUGGGAUCCCAACGACCAGUCCCUGAGACGGCAAGCGUACACAAACAAGGGGAAGCAUGGUAUGGGAGACCCAACAUUAAGCGACCCCUUGACAACCCGGAGCCAGCAUUAUUUGGGCCCACAGCCAUACUUCAUAACUAACAGCAAGACAGAAGUAACUGUUUGA